AUGCAAUUAUCCUGGAAAGAUAUUCCUACCGUUGCGCCUUCUAAUGAUAUGUUGGAUAUUGUGUUGAAUAGAACACAAAGAAAAACUCCAACUGUCAUUAGACCAGGUUUCAAUAUUACAAGAAUUAGAGCCUUUUAUAUGCGUAAAGUUAAAUUUACUGCUGAAGGUUUCAUUGAAAAAUUUGAUGAUAUAGUCAAAGGUUUUCCAAAUGUUAACGACCUACAUCCUUUCCAUAGAGAUUUGAUGGAUACUUUAUAUGAAAAGAACCAUUAUAAAAUUUCCUUGGCUGCUAUUUCCCGUGCAAAGACUUUAAUAGAACAAGUAUCGAGAGAUUAUAACAGAUUGUUGAAGUUUGGUCAAUCUCUUUUCCAAUGUAAACAAUUGAAAAGAGCUGCUUUAGGUAGAAUGGCUACUAUCGUUAAAAAGUUAAAGGAUCCUUUAUCUUAUUUAGAACAAGUUCGUCAACAUUUAGGUAGAUUGCCAUCUAUCGAUCCAAACACAAGAACUUUGUUGAUCUGUGGUUAUCCAAAUGUGGGUAAGUCUUCUUUCUUAAGAUGUAUCACUAAGGCUGACGUAGAAGUACAACCUUAUGCAUUCACAACUAAAUCUUUAUACGUUGGUCAUUUUGAUUACAAAUAUUUGAGAUUUCAAGCUAUUGAUACCCCAGGUAUUUUAGAUAGACCAACAGAAGAAAUGAACAACAUUGAAAUGCAAUCUAUUUAUGCAAUUGCUCACUUGCGUUCAUGUGUCUUAUAUUUCAUGGAUCUUUCCGAACAGUGUGGUUUCACUGUCGAAGCCCAAGUUAAAUUAUUCCAUUCUAUCAAACCAUUGUUUGCCAACAAAUCUGUUUUGGUAGUUAUUAACAAAUGUGAUAUUAUCAGACCAGAAGAUUUGGAUGAAGAACGUCAAUCUUUAUUAAACUCUGUUAAGGAAUUACCAGGUGUCGAAAUCAUGACUACUUCCUGUCAAUUGGAAGAAAAUGUUAUGGAUGUUAGAAACAAAGCUUGUGAAAAAUUACUCGCUUCAAGAAUUGAAAACAAAUUGAAAUCCCAAAACAGAAUCAACAAUGUUUUGAACAAGAUCCAUGUCUCCAAACCAGGCGCUAGAGAUGACAUCGAAAGAAAGCCAUAUAUUCCAGAAAGUUUCAAGAAUAUGAAGAAAUACGAUGAAAACGAUCCAGAAAGAAGACAAUUGGCCAGAGAUAUCGAAUCAGAGAACGGUGGUGCUGGUGUAUUCAACAUUAACUUGAAAGACAAGUAUCUAUUGGAAGAUGAUGAAUGGAAGAACGAUGUUAUGCCUGAAAUUUUGGAUGGUAAGAAUGUUUACGAUUUCCUUGACCCAGAAAUUGCUGCAAAGUUGCAAGCAUUAGAAGAAGAAGAAGAAAGAUUGGAAGCUGAAGGUUUCUAUAAUUCUGAUGACGAUGAAGAAGUUUAUGAAGGUUUCGAUGGUGACGAAGUUUCUGAUAUCAAGGACAAAGCUAAAUGGAUUAGAGACAAACAAAAGAUGAUGAUUGCUGAAGCAAGAAACAGAAAAUCAUUAAAGAAUAAGGCUAUAAUGCCUCGUUCUAAGAUGGCCAAAUCAUUUGGUGAUAUGGAAAAACAUAUGGCUAAAUUAGGUCACGAUAUGAGUAUCUUGGAAGAUAAACAAAGAGUUGCCAUGGAAAGCAACAGAAGAGAAAGAGGUGGUAUGGACAUUGUAUUUGGUGAUAAUGAAAGUUUAUCCAACGCUUCUGCUAAUGGUGGUAAGCUAAGACAAACUGAUAGAUUGGUUGAUGGUGUUGCUGACGGUGAAAUGAGAAGUAAAGCUGACAGAAUGGCCAAAUUACAAAGAAGAGAAAGAAAUAGAAUGGCCAGAGCUGGUGAAGCUGAUAGACAUGCCACCGCUUCAUUACCUAAGCAUUUAUUCAGUGGUAAGCGUGGUAACGGUAAGACUGAUUUCCGUUAA